GCGCGGCCACACCCGGGGGAGUUGGCCGACCAAUCAGAGGAAGGCGGAGACAGGCCGCGGACGGUGUUUGGUCCGUUACAGUUGUGUGAUUGUAGUUUUACACGUCGGAGGCCGGAGGAGGGGAUCGGUGUGUGUGAUCGGAGCAUCGCCAUUCCUCGGACACAGCCCAGCGCGCCCACACCAUGGCGUACCCCGGAUAUGGAGGAUACGGAAACAUGAAUCCCGCAAUGAUGGGUCAGGCCAUGUCACAUGGAGGCUUCUAUGGACAACCUCAGUACCCUGGAGGAGACCCCAUGUGGAGCUACUUCACAGCAAUAGCUGGACAGGACGGUGAAGUAGAUGCUGAAGAACUACAGAGAUGUUUAACGCAGGCUGGAGUCCAUGGGACCUAUUCACCUUUCAGCCUGGAAACUUGCCGAAUUAUGGUUGCAAUGUUGGAUAGGGACCAUACAGGAAAAAUGGGCUUCAAUGAAUUCAAAGAAUUGUGGGCAGCUUUAAGUGCCUGGAAACAGAACUUCUGCACAUUUGAUCAAGACAGGAGUGGGUCAGUGGAGCCCCAUGAGUUGAACCAGGCCAUUAUGUCCAUGGGUUACAGGUUAAACCCAAACACAAUUAAUACAAUAGUGAAGCGCUACAGCAAGAGUGGCAGAAUAUUCUUUGACGAUUAUGUUGCAUGCUGUGUGAAGCUUCGUGCCUUAACAGAUGUCUUUCGGCGAAGAGACAGCAUGCAACAGGGGAUAGUCAACUUCAUGUAUGACGAUUUUUUGCAGAACACAAUGGCCAUAUAGAUGUCUGGACUACAGUCAAGUUUAUGAAGAAUCUGGCAUUAUAAAUCAUCCUGUGAACUGUUCGAAGAGGGAACCAAGUGUGACCACACUGUGAAUCUACCUUAUUGUACAACCUAAUAUUUCAAUUUUAAGUCGGUCCUUAUACACAGUACACUGACUCAACACAUUGAUAGUUAAUUUGUAUUAUAGGACUCAGAGAUCGCUGUAAAAUAUAUGUUCAAGCUUUCUUUUUUCAUAUAAAAAUAUAUCUAUUAAAAUCCACCUUCGUCCCA